AAAAAGGUUUCUCACAGCGGCAGAUGAAAUACAAUCUAAAAAUAAAGACCAAUCAAUUCUGUCAAGAUGAACAUAUAGUAGGAUUUUCUCUAGAGAGUAAAAAUUGAUGUGUAAUUUUAAAUGUCCUAUUAUGCAUUUUGUAUAGAUGACCUGAUUUUCAAAACAGAAGCUAUGUUUUUUCAAAUCAACUGUUCAAUACAAAGAUAUGGUCUUCUGCCACUUACACAGAUCGUAGUCCUUUCCUUGAAGUUCCAUUCCUGAGAGAUGCUCCCACUCCGAAUCGUAAAUCGUUUUGGCAGUGCCCGUGUGAGGACCGAGAUAUUUUGUUUUUUAACUAGUAAACCAUGUUGUUAAUCCAAAUAUCCUCGCGAUUCCGAUAGACCCGGCUCAAAGCUUUGUGACCCAAAGACCGUUAGUUUUACUGUACUGUCAUCCAGGUAUGUCGAAUUAAUUAAAAGUAAUCAUUGCAGCGCGCCGCACAAGUGAUUUUAUAGGUUUUAACUCGUAAACAAUGUCCUCCUAACGCCAUGUUUUUACGACUAUCUGAAGACCGCCUGACCUAUCUCGGUAAGUUACGGGCUCUGGGUCUUUACUGUCAUCAAAACAACACGUCAUCCAUAAAGGCGGCACUCGUUCCAUGGGCCGUUGCUGCCCUCUUCCGGACAUCUAUUAGCCUAAAAAUAAUAUAUAUAUUUGGUUUAGUACGAACGUAUGUUUUUAGUUACAUCUAUUAUAUCAGUCAGAUCGUUCUUACCACAAUAUGAUCUUAUUUAACAUUUUAAAAUAUUAAUAUGAAUAUUAAUCCGUGUUAAACAACAAAGCUUCAGCACUAUGGCAGCGACGCCCCCACCCAUCCUUUCACUAUAAAACAUUUCAACACAAGCUUCCAGUCACCCAAUUCAACUUAAUCCAGGCGUCGAACGAGAUCGCAGCUCUGAAAUAUGUCCCGUUAUAAUGGUACGUGUGAUGGUUCCCUUAUCGACUUUCAAAAUCUGUUGACUAUACCUCUACACGACAACUACGCCGCUGGCGACGGUCUUGCUGAUUCGACUACGGGUGAAUUUCCCCGCGAGCCGAGUGUUGAACAGGUGGUCAUAGAUUUGACAGCCGAACACGACGGGGACGAAGUGAUAGAUCUUUCAGAUCCCUUGCAGGAGGAGGGGUUCAACGGUGAUGCAGCAGAGGUCCUACCGCUAUACGAAAACUGUCUCGGGCGUAGCGAUUGCGAGCCUGGCUGUAGCACCUCACAGCAUAACGGUUGGGUCCAGUCUGAACCUGGCUGUAGCACCUCACAGCAUAACGGUUGGGUCCAGUCGUCUUGGGCUAGUGAUCAUAGCGCAUGCGCCGAUGAUGAGGCGGACUGGUCCGGGUCGCCGAUAAACGCUUGGGAUCAAGCUUCCUGGUCCGGCGACAACAGCUUACCGUCGAGUGGUCAACAGACCCCGAACACUAUCCAACCUUCCAUUGAUGAAAAUAACGCUUGGGAUCAAGACUCAUUACCAUCGAGCGGUCAACAGACGCCAAACAGUAUUCAACUCCCCGUCGAUGAAAAUAACGAUGGAAACUUAGAGCUGGCUCAAAUUGAACAGCUUCAUAUCAGAUUAGACGCUUUUGACCGCAGACUAAACGCGCUAGAAGAUCUUAUGCGUCAGGUUUACGGUCAACAGGGUGCUCAUGACGGCGCUUUUCACUUGGGUCUAGAUAGACAGCGUUUAGCUAUAGAGGAAAUAGCUCAUGAUUUACGACAACAAAUUCAAAAUGCAGAGAAUUCAAUCAAUCGUUUGCACGACUUAACUUUCGAGCAGAUGAGAGAAAGACGUCUAAUGUUCGAAGCCGUCUAUGCUAUGGUUUUCCCGAUAUUUUAUCCGUAGUGCAAUUUUUUAUAAGACAUAGCAUUUUUUACUCUAUAUCCUAUGCUAUUUCACAUUUAUCUACCUCGUGUUUAAGAUAUUACCAUGUAUUUUGUUUUCAUCUAGCAUUUAUCUACUUCAUGUUUUAGCAUGUAUUUUGUUUUCAUCUAGCAUUUAUCUACCUCAUGUGUUUAUGGUUUUAGCAAUUAUCUAGCAUUUAUCUAUCUCAUGUUUUAGCAUGUAUUUUGUUUUCAUCUAGC